AUUCUGACUUUCGCCUUCGUGAAAAUUGUGUGUGUAUUUUUCAGUCAAUUUACUUCCGUUAAAAAGAUUUUAAGAAGCCAUGGCUCGUACGAAGCAGACAGCGCGUAAAUCGACGGGAGGAAAAGCGCCCCGUAAACAACUGGCCACCAAAGCCGCGAGGAAAUCCGCCCCAUCGACCGGAGGUGUGAAAAAACCCCAUCGUUACCGUCCCGGUACAGUCGCCCUGAGAGAAAUCAGGAGAUACCAGAAAUCCACCGAAUUGCUCAUCAGAAAACUGCCUUUCCAACGAUUAGUCAGAGAAAUCGCCCAGGACUUCAAGACAGAUCUCCGUUUCCAGUCUGCGGCUAUCGGUGCUCUACAAGAAGCGAGCGAAGCAUACUUGGUGGGUCUGUUCGAAGACACGAACUUGUGCGCCAUUCACGCCAAGAGAGUCACAAUCAUGCCUAAAGACAUCCAGUUAGCUCGCCGGAUCAGAGGAGAGCGAGCUUAGAUUAUCCGACAAUGUCGUUCAACACCAUUCGUUCAUUGUGUAGGUUUUCUAACGUUUUGCAGUCGACGUGUUAUAUUUGGUAAAUUGUGCAUUUUUGGUUGGCAUCACUUACAAAUUGCCGUUUGCUAUAUAAUUUUGAAUCAACUUUUCACAUCUUUCGAUGUCCAUUACAUUUAGAGGUUCAUAAGUUAUAUAUUGACGUAUUGAAUGAAUAGGUGUCUGUAGUUUUUAAGUUAUUUUCAUAAGAUAUGUAUGUGUUUAUAAUAUAUUUGUUUAGUUAAUCCUUUUUUGUAGUACAGGUAACCGAUAAUAUGGGUAAUCACGGUUUGGGGUUUUAUGUGUUAAGUGCUUUCAUAUCUUGUAAGGAUAGUAAUAUAAUUUAGUAAAAUUUUGAAAAAGUUAAGUGUAUCGAAAGAAGUAAAAUGAUUCUUAGAAGAAGAAAAAUAGAUAAAUAGAAGAACUUGGCACGUAAAUUAAUGAUCGUGAUUACCAUAAUAUGGGUAAUCCGUAAUUUUUUUGUAGAACAUGUAACCUAAUAAACUUAAAUAAAUCUUUACUGAUAA